AUUUGCUACUGGCUAAGUAUCGAGAGCAGGGAAGCGACAUUCAGCCACAGCACUGACUCAUCAUCUUAGCCAAGUAAAGCCACAUGGAAGAAAAGCCAGUUUUGGCGAGAAACCGCAGGUUGCGGCUGAGCAUGUGUGCCGGGGAUGCCGAGCUGUGCCUGAAAACCGCUCUGCUGUCCUGUCAGUGUGUGGUGCUGCAGCCACAACCCAGCUGCUUAGACUUGGCACCAAACACCCGGCGCGGCAAACGUCUGAGCUCCUCAGAGUCAGUUCUAGGAACUUGUGACACGCUGUUGCCGGCGAACACACGGACUUUGUGUCUCAAUAAACACGAAAAUGGCUACACACUGGCUGUCCUUCAGAAGGAGGCGGACAAAAUAUUCUUGUUUCUUCCCCUUGAUGGUAUAUUGGAUGGCUCCCUCAUAUAUGACAACAGUCGAGAAUACUGGCAUGAAGUUACUAUCUUCAAGCAAAAUCGACCAGCACAACACCUCAUUUUCAGCUUGAAGGCUUCUGAGGAGAGUAAGAGAUUUAACCAGCGCCUAUGUGAGGUUAAAAAGGAAAUCUUAGCACAAGCUAAAUCUAACAACCAGGCUUCUUUGAUUGAGAGAUCAGAAGAAUUAUUGGCCAGUGGCAGGUCACUUGUUAAAAGCAUAUCUUUAGAAUCAAAUGCAGUCGUACAUGAUCCCGCCACAGGAAGUAGACACAUGUUGAGACCAGGUGUUGCAGCUAAGGCACAGGAAAGUCUUGUUGGUCCAGGAAAACUCAUGGAGCAAAACAAGAUGAAUCAAGAUAUAAUGCCACAGCUGUCUGAGGAGCUUGCUGCAGUCAUUCGGGUGGGCAACGUCAGACGGGCACAAGAGAUUGCUGCAUACAUGGCUCUGGGCCAUGCACAUUUGACGAUCAUUAACAGUGACUCCCAGCAACAAUAUUCUCUUGAACAAGAAUUCAGUGUUACAGUUCAUGUGGAAGACCGAGAAUCAGCCUUAACUCUGAGGGACAUCAAAGUAAAGCCUAAUGACACAAUUGCAGAUUUGAAAUACAUGUUCCUAGGAAAAUAUGGAUUUCCAGCUGAAGUCCAGAAAUGGAUAAUUGGAAAGAAAAUUCGAACAGAUACAGAAUGCCUUAGUAAAUGUGACGUGAACAGCUGUGGGCACACUCUGUACUUGUAUCUGCUAAAUGCACGUGCGGGCAACAUAAUCGGUACUCGUGAGGAAUAUCACCCUGCACAACAGGCAUCCACGACUGAAGGGCAGGGAAACAGUGUUAGAAAUACCAGGGAUGCUAGUGGAGACUAUGAAUCUAUGCACUUCCCAGGAAGCAACACCUCAGGCAGUCAUCAAUUAGGUGUCAUGAUCCAGAACUUAGGUCAAGGUCAUACUCAGUUACCUCCAGCAGCCUGCCAUCCUCCUGGUCAUCCCACAGCCACAAGUGUAGACUCUUUACCCUCCGACUUUCCAACAAUGUCAGACAUAACCACCCCAUCUGACCUCACCUCUGGUCCCUUCUCUGGGCCUGGUUUUGGACGGGUUGGUGGUGCUCAACAUGCUCCUGCAGCUUCAGAUCUACCAGUGAUACCAACAGGGCUUAGGGUGCAUUCUCAAAGGGCUUGCAGUGCCCCUGAGAUCUUGCAGCACAAUGAAGAGGAGGAACCUACAAGCCUGGGACAGUUGGGGUGGCAGUGUGAUACUUGUACUCUUAUAAAUACUCCCACACGGCCAGGCUGUGAAGCCUGUGGGUCAGCUCGGCCUGAAGACUAUAGAGUACCUGAGGGCUAUGUUAUGAUGGAAGAAGAGCGACAACGACACGAGCGUGAAUUGAGGGAGGAAGAACUUAUGCUUCAGUCAGAGAUACUACUGCGCGAGAAGAACUAUCAGCAGCUGCUGCAAGCAGACAGCGAGGAUCUGGUCUACAACACAAUCAACUUUUCUUGCCCCAUCUGCUUUGAAGAGGUUGAAGUAGGACAGGGAGUUGUCCUGAGAGAAUGUCUUCACCAGUUCUGCAGGUCUUGUCUGGUAGAGACCGUGAGGCUGACUGAGGAAGCAGAGCUUUCAUGCCCUUAUACAGAUAACAACUACACUUGCUAUGCUCGUUUGCAAGACCGAGAAAUUCGUGCACUAGUUUCCCAUGAGGUCUAUGAGCGGCACCUUCAGCGAAGCCUGAGUAUUGCAGAAAGCAAUGAGACGAACAGCUAUCACUGCGUGACCACCGACUGUCCAGGCUGGUGUAUUUACGAGGACAAUGUCAACUUUUUCCACUGCCCUGUUUGUAGACGUGUCAACUGCUUGACUUGCCGAGCUAUCCACCAUGGGAUGGACUGCAAACAGUACCAGGAGGAUCUUAAGAUUCGUGCUGCCAAUGAUGUAGCUGCCAGACAAACCCAGGAGGUUUUGAAGGAAAUGCUCAUUAAAGGGAAGGCAAUGGAAUGUCCUCAGUGUCAUGUCAUCUUACAGAAAAAAGAUGGCUGUGACUGGAUCCGCUGCUCGAUCUGCAAAACAGAGAUCUGCUGGGUGACCAGAGGUCGUCGGUGGGGCCCAAAAGGAAAAGGAGACAUUUCUGGAGGAUGUCGCUGUCGAGUCGAUGAGCAAAAAUGUCACCCCCAGUGCAACAACUGUCACUAAAAAGUGCUGAAUUAUCACAUCAGGGGUUUUCUCUAGUUACUCUGGUUUCCUCCACUUUCCCUUUCUCCUGUAGUGCAAAAUCACCUCAAGGUGGAAGCACCUACUAAACCAACAAACCAACCAACCAAGUAUGGCAUGUAAACUUUCUGUGAACAGGUUGAUCUACAUGUGAUGCCAAACGUCAUACCCCUGACUCACCUGACAGAUUUCUGUGCUAAACUUUGUGGCAGCACUUGACCAUAUUCUUUCUAAAGGGAGUUAAUUCUAAUAAUUUUGUUGGGUCACAUACUAUAAUUGAGAGACAGUUCCUUGCAUCGUCUAUAAAUCAGAAGUCUUCUGAUUUUUAUUUAUUUGGAAAAUUAGCACUUAAUUAAAAUGGGACUUUCAACAUCUGUUAUCCAUAAUAAUAUUUUAAGCAGAAACAAUACUUAAAAUGGGUUUUUAUGGUGGUCAGUGGCCUAGCAAAUGGGGAGGGGGGGCCAUAGAUGGGAAGGGCAUGAAAUAUCUUGUUUUGACAGCUUUAAUGUAAAUACAAUGAUUAUUUACCACAUAUCUAUUCUGAAAUGUUUGAUUAAUCUCAAGCAUUAUUUAAAUAACCACUGCUUCUUUAACAAUUAUUGCCAUAUUCCUUUAAAAUCCUAUUUAAUUUAAUUUGUCUUAUUUAAAAUGAGCAAAUAUUUUAACUUUUGUUAAUUAGGGGUGCCAAAUGCCAUUCGUAUGAUGCUGCUGAUACUAAUUUUAUUGCACAAUUAAAAAAUUUAAAUUAGAUUUCCAUUUCGUAAUCUGCGUUGUGAAGCUGACUGCUUCUUUGGAAAAUUAUUAUGAAGAAAAGAAGAAUGUAGCUCGAAAAGUUUAGGCACAAACACACAAUGCCAGGAUAAUUCCUCUUGUGUCCCUCCUCCCUGAGAUCAGGCAACCUUGGUUUUAGGUCUUAAUCCAGAUUAUAUUGUAUUUAUUUGUCAAAAACCUUGGGCGUGUUGAGAUUUUUUAAAAGGCUAUUGAGGCAAACAAAUGGCUGUUUCCAAAACUCACAUGGCACAUUGCACAUUGGCAUGAAAUAGUGUAUGAAAGCACCACUUGAAAUCUUUUGCAAUUCUCAUUUUUCUUUCAGCUGUUUUUAACAAUUGAAGGUUAUUUUUAGUCAUGCAAAAUCAAAAAAUGUUCCUUGAACAAUCAUCCUGUCAAUGUCUGUUAGAUUGUUUAAGGAAUUUUGUGGAGUUUGUCUUUGUGCCCACACAAUAACCACACAUGCAACACAUAUCUCGUCUCACAUGCGUAUACCUGCCUUAUGACUCACAUAAAAACAUGUAUCUCCUCUCAUAAAGGAGCAGGUUUGGAAACUUGUCCCCACAUGGUAUAUCCAAUGGCAAAUAUUUAUGUGGGUAGGAAAGUAUUACAAUGGCAGACUGAAUAUUCUGCAAAGGAUUUUUCUAAAUAUUUCAGAAUUGAUGGGACUAUGAGUGUGUAAGGGACAUCAGGUUGCAGAUGUGAGGGAUGUCAGACCUAAUGGGUCUAAGGAAGUAUGAGGAAUGUCUGACCUGAUGUGUCUGUAUAAAAUGUUAAAGGUAAAGCUUGGCCUGGCACUAAGGGGUAUUCUUUCUUUAUAUGAUUUUACAAUAUUGUUUCUCCUUUCAUUUAGAAAGGCUUUUUUUUUUUUUAAAAGAGAAGUAUGAAGGCUUAUUAUGUGUUACGCCACAUUACAAUAAAAUGAAGGCACUGACAUAGGUUGCUAUAUCUCAUUUUUCAGAAGGUGAAAUAGCUGUUAUUGUGUUAUAUGUAUAUAGUAAGCAUAAAAUUAUAUUUCGAACUUACUUUUUCCUGCUCACACCUUAGUUGUUCAUCAUCAUCCAGCCACAAAGUUCAUAGUUGCUAUGGUAUCGUUACUGAUGAUUACUUGUCUUUCAUGUGCAGUGCAUUUCAUGGGGAAAUUUCGUAUCAGUUCCUUUUUGGUAUUUUUCAAUUUCUUUAGAUUCAAGAUUGUCCUGCAGAUAUUUGUGAUUCCAAAUGCACAUGACUACUCCACGUUGUGCCUUAAGAACGACAUUUGAACAUUAUUCAAACAAUACAUUACUUGGUUAGAUGUCCUAUUUUAAUUACCAUUCAAAGUCUUCAUCUUUUCAACAGAAGUUAGAAGUGCUUGCUUGAUAGGCCAUGGUGAAUAGUCAGCUAGCACUAUGUAAGAGUGAAAACAGACUACAAACCAUUUGUGAGAGUGCUGAAAAAAAUUGAGUGACAGCCACUAAAAUGCAACCAUUAUUAUUCAUCACAUUCACCACUCUUGGCUCAAAAUGUUCUCGGUAAACAUAUUUGUCUGCUAAGUACUAUCCCUGAAUUACUGUCCUGAAUUACUAUUGCAAUGGCUGUCAUUUUAUAACAUUAUGUAGCUACUCCAUCUCUACAGUUUUACAGUUCCUACAUCCCUUUAUACCUUAAAUUAUGUUCUGCUCUUGUACUUCAUCUUUAUGUUGUUCAAUGUGUCUAUGCCUAUCUCACCAUCCAUUGUUGCCUAAUGUUUAAAUGUUCUUUUUCAUCAUUACUGGUCAGUAUUAUUUAGUACAACCUAUCUUGGUCAUGAUACUGAACAAUAAAAGUGCACAAAUUAUUACUUUUAUUACUUUUAAGAAAUUUUAUUUCACUUGUGAAUUUUCAAAUUGUAUAUGGUACUUCUGUACACAUUUCUUCAUGCAAACAGCCUGCAUCUUCUCAGUUUUAUUACUUAGCACUAUCAAAGAAAAUUUACAUACAAGCAGUUGAGCUGCAGAAUACUAAUGCCAGUAACAGUGUAGGUAGCAGCAUUGGCUACAGUACAGAUAAUGAUGACACAAGCAAUAAGACAAAUGGCACAGACAUUGAUCAAGUUAUUCAGGCAAUGACCAUCUGUUAUCCAAAAAAAAACUAUUGGUGGCAGUGGUUUAGAAAUGCAAGUUUGUGAUUCCAUAUGUACAAAGUCAGUAUGAAAACCAUAGAAUUAGUUUAGUUUAGUCCUUGUUACUCCUCGAGGAGCAUAGGGCCCCAACAACACCUCGCCAGCAGACCCGAUUUUUGGCAGCCCCCUUCAGUUGAGCCCAUGUGGUUCUGAUGUCCUUUGCCUUG